UACUGAUACCGUGCCGAGUGACAGAAGGCAAUUUUUCCAAUUGAAAAUUUAAUUCCUUUAAUUUAUUUUCAAUUAAUUUAUAAAUUAUGUGGUCAGAUACUCUGCUAAUCGUUUUUAUCUCCGUUUGUACGGCAUUUUUGGGAGAAGGUCUGACUUGGCUAAUGGUUUAUCGCACUGAAAAAUAUCAAAAGAUAAAAACGGAGGUUGAGCGUCAAAGUAAGAAACUAGAAAAACGCAAGGAGACUCAUGGCGACACUUUGGAUAAACAACAAAAGAAGAAAAUCGAACGAGAUGAAGAACGUCUCAAGAACAACAAUCGCGAUUUGUCACUUGUGAAAAUGAAGUCGAUGUUUGCCACGGGUUUUGCCUUUACGGCUCUCCUAUCGAUGUUUAACAGCAUUUUCGAUGGUCGUGUUGUUGCCAAACUUCCGUUUAUUCCUCUUUCAUUCAUCCAAGGACUGAGUCACAGAAAUUUGGCUGGCGAGGAUUACACCGAAUGCUCAUUUAUAUUUUUGUACAUCCUUUGCACAAUGUCAAUCCGUCAAAAUAUCCAAAAAAUGCUCGGAUUUGCUCCAAGUAGGGCAGCAAGCAAGCAAGGCGGGGGUUUGUUUGGACAACAACCGGGACAAGGAUUCAAAUGAAACAAUCAAUGAAUUGAGAUUUCACAUUUGAAAAUAAUUUUAUGAUUAUUGGCAGAGUAAUAAAACUGAUUUUAGCUCACA